CCAAUCAGACGACGGCUGUAUGUUGCAGGUUCCAUCUGGCACGGGCAAACUCCCAAGCUGGGCCGGGUCCCGAGGAUUAACCACGGCCUCCCUGCCGAGCGGCCAUCCCAAACAAUUUCCCGUGCUGCCCGGAAUAGCAAUGUUCAGGAAUGCCAGGGCCGGUCCCUGAAUGCCCUGAAUUGCACUGCCAGCGCUGAUGGAGCGAUGGGGCGAUGGAGCGGUUCGGCGGGCACAGCGUCAGCAGACCCCAGUGGCGCUGCACAAUGCACUGCACGGCCCGGCCCAAUGCUCCGACAGACAUGCGACGUCAGCCGAUAUUGUCAAUUCCACACGUGCUGCGAGAUCUCGUGUGCAGCACGAAACUUGGCAGCGUGCGAGAUGUGACUGUCGACUGGGAGAGUCUGGCCAGAUCAAAAGGCGGCGAAGCAGUCGACCCAAAGAACAAUUGUGCAAGCCACGCAAUCUCUCCAUAUCUCCAUGUAUCUAUGUAUCCAUCUCGUAUCUCUGGCAUCUGUCCCAGCUCUGCGGACGCCUAGAAAAAAAGUAUAUCUCUUGUCACCACCCCACGCUCUUCCUUUCCGAACUCCCGGAACCUACCCUUGAAUCUGUCUUCCAUCUGCAUACAACUACCAACAUCUGUGUGUUUAUUCAUCCCGCCGUCACCGUCACCGUCGCCGUCCACCUCCGUCUUGGCCCUGCCGAUCCCCCGUCUCCGUACCGACGUCCCACGGGCCACAACCCGUGUGCAGUUCCUUUGCCCGGUCGCCGGUAGUCCACCAUUCAUUCGUGCUCCUCGUCGUCGUCAGCCUGUGCACGUGUGUGUCUCAAGUCCUUUCCCUGAGCCUAGAGCAACCCGGUGUCCUUUGCUUGGAGCUCGGUCCGGCCCCGGUCCAGAAGCCGCGCUAGCACUCGCCCGCUAGCUUCCUAGGGCCUCAACAGUCCCCUAAAGCCCCUCUCCAGCAAUCUAGCCUCCACCCUCCCUGGCCGAACUGGCCGAACUGGCCUCACUAAGCCGCACCCGACGCACCAGUAUCGCCCAUCUUGCCCAGUUCCUCCCCUGCAUCCGCAACUGAGGUCCCUAGAGUCCCCUGGAAUCCCCUGAAGUCCCCUGGAUUAUUCCGCUGGUGUCGCCUCCGUCGGCGUCGUUCA